AGCGGUUCCGCCACUCCGGGAAGUCGCUCGGCCCGCCUCCUCCGGCCCCAGCUCCGAGUUUCGCUCUCUCCGGGGCGGGGCGAGCGGCGGGCGGCACUGGGCCAGCCAAGUUGGAGCGCGCCCCGCCCGGCGCCCUCCCGGUCCCCGCGCCCUGGCGGCCGGGGCGCGCCACCCGCAGCUCCACGCGCGCCGGGGCCGCACUGGGGAGGGCGCGCGGCCGGGCGGCGACCGGAGAGAAGCUCGGGGCGGCGGAGGUGAGCGCGGGGGGCGGGCUCCCGGCUCCGCCCGCCCCGCCCGCCGGCCCGCUCCCCGCAGCCGCGCUGCCAUAAAUGGGGCCGGCGGCGGCGGCAGCUGGUGGGCCGGGCGGCAGCUGAAGGCGGUGCGGCGGUGCGGAGGCGCGGAGGCGCAGGGCGGGCGGGCGGCGGAGGCGCAGCCACCGGGGCGUCAGGGACGCCGCGAGCAAGCGGGCGGCCGCCCGGGAGUGAAGUUCAGGAGCGCCCGGGCGGGGACGCGCGCAGGUUUGCGCCUCUCGGGUCCCUGCGCCUGAGUCCCGGGACCCGCCCCCGCGUCGGAGCGGCUACUGUUUACUUUCGAUCGAGUUUUUCCUGCUCGGGGCAGGUGCCCGCGGAGGCUCCGGACGGGCGGUUGGCGCGUCACUCCCGCGCUGCCUGCCGCCGGGAAGGGCGCUUCACGGGCGUCUCCAGGCGCGCUGACAGGAGUCCCGUUUGUGCCCAGGUGAUGACGGCGGCGGCAUGGAGUUCCCUGAGCACGGCGGACGGCUGCUGGGCCGCCUGAGGCAGCAGCGCGAGCUGGGCUUCCUGUGCGACUGCACCGUGCUGGUGGGCGACGCGCGCUUCCCGGCCCACCGUGCCGUGCUGGCCGCGUGCAGCGUCUACUUCCAUCUCUUCUACAGGGACCGGCCCGCGGGUAGUCGCGACACGGUGCGGCUUAACGGCGACAUCGUCACGGCGCCCGCCUUCGGCCGCCUACUGGACUUCAUGUACGAGGGCCGCCUGGACCUGCGCAGCCUGCCUGUCGAGGACGUCCUGGCGGCCGCCAGCUACCUGCACAUGUAUGACAUCGUCAAGGUCUGCAGGGGCAGGCUCCGGGAGAAGGACCGAAGGCUGGACCCGGGGAACCCUGCCCCUGGGGCAGAGCGUGCUCAGCCACCGUGCACCUGGCCUGUCUGGACCGCUGACCUCUGCCCAGCUGCCCAGAAGGCCAAGCUCCCCCCAGUUGGGGUCAAGGCUGCCCUCCCUCCUCGAGCAUCUGGGCCUCCUUCCUGCCAGGUCCCAGAAGAGUCAGACCAGGCCCUGGACCUAUCACUGAAGCCUGGCCCAAGGCAGGAGCGGGUCCACCCACCCUGCAUCUUCCAGGCACCCCUCUGCGGCCGGAUGCAGUCGGGGGUCCAGCCACUGGUGAAGGAUGAGCGGGACUCAUUGUCGGAACAGGAAAAUAGCAGCAGCUCUAGGAGCCCCCAUAGCCCCCCGAAGUCACCUCCUGUUCCCGCAGCCAAGGACCUGGUGGUGGGCUUGCGGCCGCUGCCUGUCAGCGGGGAGGGCAGCCGGGAGCUGGAGCUGGAUCUGGAUGCAGGGCGGGUGGCAAGUGAGGACGAGCUGGGGCCUGGCGGGCCCCUCUGCAUCUGCCCGCUGUGCAGCAAGCUGUUCCCCAGCUCCCACACGCUGCAGCUGCACCUUAGCGCCCACUUCCGUGAGCGGGACAGCACACGAACCCGGCUCUCCCCGGACGGCACGGCACCCACCUGCCCGCUCUGCGGGAAGACCUUCUCGUGCACAUACACGCUGAAGAGGCAUGAGCGCACACACUCGGGUGAGAAGCCCUACACGUGUGUGCAGUGUGGCAAAAGUUUUCAGUACUCCCACAACCUCAGCCGGCACGCCGUCGUGCACACUCGCGAGAAGCCGCAUGCCUGCCGGUGGUGUGAGCGCCGUUUCACGCAGUCUGGGGACCUGUACCGCCACGUCCGCAAGUUUCACUGUGGCUUCAUCAAGUCCCUUCUGGUGUGAUGCCUCCCUGCGGAUCCUGAGGGUGCGGUGGAAGGGAAGGGAUGGGGCCCUCCCAGGUGGGACAACAGCAUGGGGUGUGAAGCCUGGCCAGGUGGAAGUCCCAGCUCAGGCUGGAUGGCUCAACCCGCCCGGCAGAGAGCAUGCUGCCACUUCCUGGAACUUGGCCUUAGACUCGGGUGACUUGGGCAGCCCUCUUCCCACCUUGCCUCUCCUUCCCCCUCACUCCCCAGCUCAUUCCAGCCCCCAGGCUUCCUCUCCCGUCCCCUCCAGCCAAGUUCUGAGGGGGUGUCCAACCAGCACCUGGCCCUGCCCUGGUUUCUCCGUGUGAGAUGGCACACCCACCUCCCAUCCAGAACUUUCCUGACCACCUCUCUGGCAGGCUUCGGGAGGUCUUCUUGAGCCUGGCCCCUCACUAGGUGAAUUAUUCACAUGUCAGAAAAGUUGCUGUGUGUCCUGAUGGGGUGCUGGGAGGAAACAGGACACUCCUGGGGGGAAGCAGCAGGAACCCCUGCCAAGAAGGCCUGGGGCACACUGAUUGCCAGCAGGGGCCAUCUGGUCACAGCUGGUGUCUUGGGGGGUGGGGUGCAGCCCCAGCAGGGAUCCUAAGGCAGCAGGGGUAGCCAGCUAGAAGCUGAGUGGCUUUGGCGUCAUUAUCUCUCGGGUGGGACGUGAGUCCAUGAGAGCAUGCAAUCAUGACUACACUGUAACUUUGGUCAGAGAGUGGGAAUUUCGAACUGGAUUAUCUUUUUUGCUUUUUCUUUCCUUUUUUUUUUUUUUGAUAUGGAGUUUUGGUCUUGUUUCCCAGGC